AUGCCUGAGUUCACCCGUGACGAUGAGCAUAGCUUAGAUUUUUUGCGUACCAAAAAGGAGCUUGGGAAAAUACAUACUGAGGAAGUAAGGAUACUGCAACAAUUGGAGCAGAAGUACGAUACAUUUAUUAACGAGGGCUUGGGAAAACUGUCAAGGAUGGCUCCUCGGAGAACACCACGGCAGCUUCGACUGCGACACCUUCUGAUCUCAUGGCCAGUGCUUUUCUUGAUGCUUUUCUGUUUUUUAACGGUACUUUAUUUGCUGCAGUUUCGUGAGAAUGGGCGAGAACGGCGCCUUUUUCUUAUUCGCUGGCAUCUUUACCUGAUUGGUUUAUUGCUCGCUUUGGUAACUUUGGUGGGCUUCACGCUUGUCCGUGAGCGCCUUAUUCUCAAGAAAAUCCUUCUGGGUAGUUGUGUGCUGAUUCCAGUAUUAUUGGGGAUGUUGACGCUUGUGACAUUCUUCCGCAGCCGUGCCAAUGAAUUUGGCCGAUGGGAUGGGUGCCUGUUUUCAUUCUGCUGGGUGGGAGAUGGACUGAUUGUUGGGGAGUUGGCAGCGCUUCUAUUUCUUCAUUGA